AUGACGGCCCCUCGAGCCUCUGAAGAUAUUGCAGACCGCACCACAACCGGACUAUCCGGGGUAACUGUGGGCUCAUAUGGUACGGGAGCCGCUCGUGAUACACUGACUCCGGUUGCAGAAGAAGGCCAGACUCCAGCAGCCCUCAAGGAACUGCCCUCCAAAGAUGAUCUCCGGGACAAUUACGGGCCUCUCUCGGUUGCUUCCCUCGCCAACCUAGACAAGUCGUUCGGCUUCACCCUGGCCCAUCACGGCGCUGCCUAUCUCACCCAGCACCAUUUAGAUCGCAAAAUCGACCGCGUAUUCAGGCAAAUCGUCUAUUCAAUCCGCACGACUUCGUCUUACCCAGACCAUCUCGGCGACCAACUGGAAGACCUGGUCUGCAGGAAAUACAAGCUCACCCAUUACCAACGGGGCAUUCUGCAGCUCGACACGCCUACCAAAGCUGCCGUCGGCGAGCUCAACACCUUCGCAGACGCAAGAGUCGGCGCAGACCAAGCCCGCUACUUGUCCCGGGACCCCAAGGACUAUGCCAUCGUGGGCACCAUCAGCAAGCUCGACCUGAUGGUGGGACAAGUGGCCACGCCUCCCAUCGGGGAGAAGAUUUUUAAACCGCUGCUGAAAAGCCUCCAUCGCUCUCCUGGCAUGGACAUCCGCGACUACCCGAGCUGGCCGUUUCGCAUACUCUCGCGAACCAUUGUCACCUGCCUCCUCGCGGCGUUGUUCUGCGUCCCCGUCGUCAUCCAGGCCUCUGGCCUUGUGUCAAGGGGCGGCGCUAUCGCGGCGUUUGCUGUCGCCGUCACCGUGGGAUGCUUCAUCGUAAACGUCAUUUUCCAGGACGUCAAGGCCAACACUAUGCUGACGCUGGCCCUUGCGGCUCUUCUUAGCAAUUGUCUCAAGAGCGACUAG